GAUCUGAUAUGUAACGGCGGCAAUGGAAGGACGCUGGGGAGCCUGGUCGUGCUGUGCCGUUUGUCGAGUAGCUUCUGUCAAGCUGGGAUGCAGUGUGACAUCGAUCGUCGGUAGUCGUCGAGCUUGCCCCGCAAGCAACACUGGAGCUUGCAAACUUCACGCGUGCAUGAAGCUAUCUGCACAAGUCAAUUGCGCAGCUUCCUUUCCGCACUUGCCACCCACAUCGACAAAUCCAUGAGCGAGCAAGACCUGCGCUCUCUUGAACAAGCGAUGGCGGCGAUGCCAGGAAACCCGAUUCUGGUGACGAGGAGCACGCCUUGCCCAGGCGUGGUUGUGCUGACUCUCAAUCGCCCCGAGAAGAGGAACGCGCUUUCGCAGGCCUUGAUCAACAACCUCCUGCGCGAGCUGACACUUGCCUCGAACGAUCCUUCCGUCAAGGCUGUUGUGCUGUCAGGCGGCCCGGCCUUUUUCUGUGCUGGUGCGGACAUCAAGGAGAUAUCCGAGAUCGACGCCGAGGGCGCUAGAAAGCACCGAUACCUAGAAGACCUUUGCAAUGGCAUGUCGUCGUUUAGGAAGCCCAUCUUUGCCGCCGUAGAGGCCAUGGCUCUUGGAGGGGGGUUCGAAAUAUGUCUGAUGUCCGAUCUCAUCUUUGCUUCGAAAGGGUGCAAGUUUGGCCUUCCAGAAGUCAAGAUCGGGCUGAUCCCUGGCGCAGGCGGCACGCAGCGGCUGACGAACGCUGUCGGCAAGUAUCAGGCCAUGAAGAUGAUCUUGUUCGGAACCAUCAUCGACGUUGAAGAAGCGUCCAGCCAUGGUCUGAUUGCCGGCACCUUUCCUCCGGGUGCAGUCCUCGACGGCGCCAUCAAGGUUGCCCAGCAGGUUGCUGGACUGAGCUCGACAGCGGUGCAGCUGGCAAAGGAGGCUAUCUGUCGAAGUGACAGUCUCGGUCGCGACGACGAGUUCGAAAGGAGCUUGUACUACUUCUCGUUUGGGACAGCUCAUAAACGUGAAGGCAUCUCGGCCUUCCUCCAAAAACGGCAGCCUGACUGGGAGGGCGCAGAUCGAGGAGCGUAGUAGGAGACCUAGUCGGUCGGCGUGUGUUGGAUGUUGGCUCUGACCCUAGGGGUUGGCAUGUCGGCGGCGAAUACGUUGCCUCUCGAAGGCACUCGAACCCACUCGUCACCGCGGUUGGCUAUCGAGGGGUCCUGUCGUCGAUGUUUGUUCGUUUUCGUGGUUGAGGGAGUGCCACAAGGUACAGGUCAGGGCGCCACGAGAGGACAGCCUCCCUCAAUGUUGGAGCCCGAUGGUGGGGUGAAGGUUGAUUUUGAGGAUGGCUGGGCCACGAGGAAUGGCUUCGACAGGCGAGGAGUCGGAGCGAAGCCAUGGGUAUCAAAAGAAAAAGAAAGAGAAAAUCGGCCUCAAGGUUAACAGCGCGCCUGACCAUCUCCAGCCGUGUGUCCAGCCCAGCGUCCGUUGUUCCACUGGGCAAGAAUCGGCGCAAUUUAGUGCAAUAUUGUGCCGGGGUUGGCAUUAGGCCGGCAGCCGCUGCUGGCUGGGCUGCAAUUUGGCAACGGGGUCAGCACCGUGAAGGCCCAUGAGAGCCAAAUCGAUGGGCUCAGCUUGGAGUGGGUGGGAUUUAGGCGGCAUCCUCUGCCAUCCCACGAUCCGAAGCAGGGUCGCACUUUCCAUAUCCAUGAUGCAAUACAUUUGGUCCCAGCCACGGCUGCUGGGGCGAGUCAGAGAAGCGGGAG